CAGAGCCACUCGCUCGAGUUGGUUUUGCCUUCUUCACUCCCACCCAGCCGAGCCAAAAGAAAAAGUAAACAAAAAAGGGUUUAGGCGUCCGCGUCGCAGACUCAACUCGCUCCGCGGCUCUGUAAAGUAAAAGCUGAUUUGAUUUUGUUCUUAUAGUUACUACUAUUUGUUUUUUUUUUCUCUCUCUCUUUGGUUGCAUCGGCUUAGAUCCAAGCUUAGAUCUAGCGCCGAUCUCUUUUCUUUCCCUCCAUUUCUUGCCUCUUUCUCUUUUUUCUCUGCCUUAAGCUCCUCUUCUUUUGCUUCUUUCACCUCUGAUUUAUGCAAGUUCAAAUCGUCUAACAAAGUGAAGAAGCGUCUAACAAAGUGAAGAAGAAGAACCCAGAUUCACUUAUCCAAGGGUUUUGAUUGUUAUGUUUGGAAGUUAAAUGAAGGUGGAUUCCUUCUAGUGUCAGCACUGUCUAUGACUUUUGGGUUAGCUGCAAUUAUUGAUUUUGUUGAGGUUACAUUUCUGUAAGACUGGAAGAAUUAGUGGGAAAGCUGGAAACGAAAUGGAGUGGAAUUCAAACAAUACCUUCAAGACUUACAAAGCAGAUAUGGAACCCAAAGCCAUGAUGGAUAUGGCACUCAUUCCAAAUAUUGAUCCAGUAGAUAUUGGAUUGGGUUCUUCAGAAAAGGGAAGUGUUGUCCCCACAUCAAAACCCAGGAAGAAGACAAUGACAUCAGUUUACCUCAAGUAUUUUGAGACAGCUCCUGAUGGGAAAACAAGGAGGUGCAAGUUUUGUGGGCAGAGUUAUUCUAUUGCAACUGCAACUGGCAAUUUGGGAAGGCACCUUAGUAAUCGACAUCCCGGAUAUGAUAAGACUGGGGAUGUUGUCACUACUAGUUCGGUGCCACAGCCCACUACCCCAGUGAUCAAGAAAUCUCAACCACAAGGAAGAGCGGCUCAGGUUGAUUAUGAUCAUCUGAAUUGGUUGCUUAUUAAAUGGCUCAUAUUAGCUUCUCUUCCUCCUUCAACCUUGGAAGAAAAGUGGUUAGCAAACUCCUUUAAAUUUUUGAAUCCAUCAAUUCAACUAUGGCCAGGUGAGAAGUACAAAGCAGUGUUCCGUGAAGUUUUCAGGAGCAUGAGAGAAGAUGUUAGAGUAUCUUUGGAACAGGUUUCUUCCAAAGUUUCUGUCACUCUUGAUUUCUGGACUUCCUAUGAACAAAUCUUUUAUAUGAGCGUCACAUGUCAAUGGAUUGAUGAAAACUGGUCCUUCCAGAAGGUGCUUCUUGAUAUAUGCCAGGUACCUUACCCUUGUACAGGUUCUGAAAUAUAUAACACCCUGUUCAAGGUUCUUAAGAUGUACAAUAUAGAGAAUAAAGUCCUCUCAUGCACCCAUGAUAACAGUCAGAAUGCUAUCCAUGCUUGCCAUACUUUAAAGGAGGACUUGGAUGGUCAGAAAGUGGGGCCGUUCUGCUAUAUCCCUUGUGCUGCUCGUACUUUGAGUUUGAUUAUAGAUGAUGCAUUAAGGACAACAAAACCUGUUAUUGCCAAGGUCAGGGAAUUUGUACAAGAGUUAAAUGCAUCCUUAGAUAUCUCAGAGGAUUUCAUUCAAUUAACAACAGCUUACCAAGAAGGUAGUUGGCAAUUUCCACUUGAUGCUUCAGCACGGUGGAGUGGCAAUUAUCAAAUGCUUGAUCUUGUUCACAAGCAGGCUGGGAAGUCAAUGGAUGCUGUCGUCAGGAAGAAUGAGGAGAUACUUGGUAGUAGGAUUUUGCUGAAUGUUGCAGAGAAGAAUGUUGCCAAUAUUGUUCACAACUACCUGGAGCCCUUCUACAAAGUCAUCAAUGAGAUAUGUGUAAACAACCCACCUACUAUUGGGAUGGUUAUUGUCUACAUGGAUCACAUUUCUGAUACAAUUGCAACACGGCAAACACCAGAUUGGCUAAAGAGUGCUGCCGAAGACAUGGCCAAAAAGCUCAGAAGUUACAACAACCAGGUUUGCAACAUAUUCAUCUAUAUGACGGCCAUUCUUGAUCCCCGAAUUAAAUGUGAACUCAUCCCUGAGGGUCUCAACUCAGAAAACUAUCUAGAGGAAGCGAGAGCCCAUUUCAUGAGAAAUUAUUAUACCAGCCAUUUUUCAUCCAUGACAAGUGGAUACUCUGCUCAAGAUAUUGAAGAUGGAGGAAGUGUUUCUUUUGCAGAGGAGAUUGCUCGAAAGAAGCGACGAGCGAGCAUGAGCAAUGUUGCUGAUGAACUCACUCAGUAUCUUUCCGAGUCUCCAGCUCCUACGAAAACAGAUGUUUUGGAGUGGUGGAAGGUCAACAGUACACGCUACCCUCGGCUCUCUGCGAUGGCUAGGGACUUCUUGGCUGUCCAAGCAACUUCAGUAAAACCUGAGGAACUAUUUUGCAGUAAAGGUGAUGAGAUCGAUAAGCAGCGUUUUUGUAUGCCACAUGAUAGCACACAAGCUAUUCUUUGUAUUAAGUCAUGGACUCAGGGAGGUCUCAAGUUAAAGUACAAGUCUUCUGAGAUUGACUAUGAGAGGUUGAUGGAAUUGGCAGCUGCAGCUGCUGCAGAUAAUAUCUCAGCUGGUUUUGAUAAGAAACAAAAGUGAACAAAAGGAGAAUCUGAAAAUGAUUAAGUUAAUGUGAUUGACUUCUACCACUAAUCUAGAUGACUGUCUGACUUAUGAUUGUAAUUUAACUUCUCCCUCAAGAGGGAAUUGAAUUGUCAUUAUUUCUUCCUUAUUGAUGUAUGUAUGAUAUGAAAAUUAUGUAUUGAAUGUACAGUUCAAAAUUUUAGAAUGCUAACCUGAGAAAAAGACACUGAUAUUAUGUGAUGAUUCUAGUA